ACCUCUCAGCUGGUCUGUCGGGAGAGAUCAAGUUUUUCUAAGUUUUUUCAUAUUUCCCUCUUCUAGUUUUAGAUCUGAAAAUUUGUUUUUAGUUCUUCUUCAUUUUAAGAUCUAAAACAAGAUUAGACCUCGCAUCUUUGAUCCUCAUCUUCUCUGCACACACAUAACAUCAUCCUCAUCUUCUCCGUACCCACAUACUAUCAAUUUCCGACAAUGUUCUUCAGAAGAAAACCUUCUCAAACCUUCUGCUCUAAAUCCUCGCACGUAUCUCCUACGAAGAGGAGCAUUAUCGACAAAGAAAACCAGAAAAUCAACUCAACUGCAAAGGUUUUCGAUGGAGAUGCUAAAACAUCUCAAAAUUCCAAAGCUAAAGAUGUCGCAGGUGCAUCUACAUCGGGAGUAUCUUCUCACAAGACAUUCCCUAAGAUCAAUCCAAGAAGGUUAAUUCAGGAAAGUGCUGAGAGAUUGUAUUCAUCUCAGUUAAAAUCAAUUGAUAGAGAUGUUGAUAAAGACCAAUUGAUUGGACUGAGAGAAUCACAGCUCCAGUAUCUACUUUCUGAUGAGUUGGCGGCAUACAUGUUUAGAGAGCAUACUCGCAAACUAGUGGAGGAAAAUAUUUCAUCAGCGUUGGAUGUUAUAGAGUCAAGAACAGGACCUAUCAUGGGAGCAACACAAGUUGUUCAAGAGCUCGAGAAGAUUAUUGCAUUCGACAACAAGCUUACAUUAUUAAGUAACCACCCAGAACCUGCUCGAUUUGCCCUUGGUGUGGGACCUGUUUCUUUGUUAGGGGGUGACUACGAGGGUGACAAAAGAAUAAAUGACUUAAAGCUUGUAUACAAAUCAUAUGUUGCUGAAUCUUACUCGAGUGGUAUCAUAGAGAAAAGCAAGCGCGUGUCUAUGAACCAUUUGAAGAACAUCUUUGGUUUAGGCAAACUAGAAGCUGAAUCCAUUGAGCUAGAAGUUACGUCAGGAUUGUAUCGCCUUAGGCUCGCUGAGGCAGUUGCUAGUGGUGCACUAGAUGCUGCGGAUAGCAAAGCGGCGUUCCUUGUAAAUCUCUGCCAACAGUUGAAUUUCAAUCCAGAUAAAGCCGUUGAAGUCCACACAGGGGUGUGCUCUUUUGGAGACAAAUAUAAGUUAACUCCAAUCACUUUGCUAGGAGGGAUCUGCUGAUUAAGGAAAUGUUGCAUCAUAUGAUUGUGAUUGUCACCUCUCUUUGACCGUGAAAGAAUUUUUGGUUCACUUGUGGUUUUGUAU